GGGAAUAGAGGAAAAAAUAGAAAUAGAAAAAAAAAUCCCUCAGUAAAAGUUUAAGGCGAGAAGUGGCAGAGGCAGUGGCGCGAGGAGGCGCGGAGGAGAGCCGGCAAGCGGGGGACAGGGCGGGCAAGACCUCCCGAAGGCUGCGAUUUCAUUAUUAAUAUCACUAUAUUUUUGGAGGGAGAGGCACCUUUCUCGUCCUCUCUUCCUCUCCGCCCACCCCUAUUCCCUCCCCCUCAUCUACCUGUCAAAGUCACUGAUCUUUUGCAUUUCGGAAGAGGACGUCAACGGGAAGGAAUCCCCCCUCUUGGUGCCGGCUCCGAGAGGGGGCGACGCGCAGGAGACACCCCCCCAGGGGCCGGAGGCGAAGGGUGUUGGUGCCAGAAGAAAAGAAUGAUUGAUGGGAAACAGACACCGGGCUAUAGACACUCAUCCUUAUGCUUCGGAUACUGAUAUCCCAGCGCAUCUGAGCAUCCUUUGUGAGCUGUGAACAUCGAGGAUCACCCAGGGUUAUCGGAUGUACAGCAGGAGAGCCAUCACUUUGCGAAAUCAUUAUCUGCUACGGGACAUCUUGUACAACAAUCAAACGAGACCCAAGUCUAAUAGAUAUGUUCUAGAACAACGAAAAAGCAGCAAGCUGUUGUUAACGCCUAACGCAGAAGUAUGUUAGGCUUCCACCAAAGUCCUCAAUAUACCUGAACACACCCAAUAUCUUAACCCUUCACUUUUAGUUUUGGAAUCUACUCUGCGAUCUCAUCCUCUUUUUUUUUAAAUAUACAGACCUACCUACAUAUAGGCAUAUAUGUAUAUGUAAAAUAGAAAUAGAUCACUGAUAAGCACACCCGGCUUAGUUACCAGGAAGAUUGCCAAGAAGUUAGAGAUGUAUUUGUCAAGAUUCCUGUCAAUCCAUGCCCUUUGGGUUACAGUGUCCUCAGUGAUGCAGCCCUACCCUUUGGUGUGGGGACAUUAUGACGUGUGUAAGACUCAGAUUUACACAGAAGAAGGGAAAGUUUGGGAUUACAUGGCCUGUCAGCCGGAAUCCACGGACAUGACAAAAUACCUGAAAGUGAAACUGGAUCCUCCGGACAUUACCUGUGGAGACCCUCCUGAGACAUUCUGUGCGAUGGGCAACCCCUACAUGUGCAAUAAUGAGUGUGAUGCAAGUACCCCUGAGCUGGCGCAUCCCCCUGAGCUGAUGUUUGAUUUUGAAGGAAGACAUCCCUCCACAUUUUGGCAGUCUGCUACUUGGAAGGAGUAUCCCAAGCCUCUCCAGGUUAACAUCACUCUGUCUUGGAGCAAAACCAUUGAGCUCACAGACAACAUAGUUAUUACCUUUGAAUCGGGGCGUCCAGACCAAAUGAUCCUGGAGAAAUCUCUUGAUUAUGGACGAACAUGGCAGCCCUAUCAGUACUAUGCCACAGACUGCUUAGAUGCUUUUCACAUGGAUCCUAAAUCCGUGAAGGAUUUAUCACAGCACACGGUCUUAGAAAUCAUUUGCACUGAAGAGUACUCCACGGGGUAUAUGACAAAUAGCAAAAUAAUCCACUUUGAAAUCAAAGACAGGUUCGCGUUUUUUGCUGGACCGUGGCUACGCAAUAUGGCUUCCCUCUACGGACAGCUGGAUACAACCAAGAAACUCAGAGAUUUCUUUACUGUCACAGACCUGAGGAUUAGGCUUUUGAGACCAGCCGUUGGGGAAAUAUUUGUAGAUGAGCUACACUUGGCACGCUACUUUUAUGCAAUCUCAGACAUAAAAGUGCACGGAAGGUGCAAGUGUAAUCUCCAUGCCACUGUGUGUGUGUAUGACAACAGCAAAUUGACCUGUGAAUGUGAGCACAACACUACAGGUCCAGACUGUGGGAAAUGCAAGAAGAAUUAUCAGGGCCGACCUUGGAGUCCAGGCUCCUAUCUCCCCAUCCCCAAAGGCACUGCAAAUACCUGUAUCCCCAGUAUUUCCAGUAUUGGUAGUAAGUAAAACAAUCACCAAACUAAGUCUAGGCUAGCUUUGCAUUGUUGUUCAGCUCCUCAGAUCUAUUUUCCCAGUGUCCAUUUCUGAUGUCAGAGAGCAUUUUCUUCGUGAAUUGAAUUGUUGUGUUUGUUCUCUGCACAGAUAAAAUAGUUAUCUGUGUAUAAUUCCUCUGUGGAUGUGGCAAUGCCACAGCUUUCCUGUCUGCUUCUGAUCAAUGAAGGCUACCUUUACAGAGGUGCAAUUACUCAGGUAACCAUAGCUCAUUUAGCGAAAAUAUAAACAGUCCUGUUUACCCAUACUUAGUAACCAACAAACAAAUUGAACUCUCUCCCUAGGACGAUAUGGAUUUCUACCAUAAUUUAGAAAAACGGAGAAGGAAUGCCAAUGAAUGCUUUAGGCAUAUUCAUUAGAACCCAAGGAAAACGCCAUGAAACCUGGGAGAGGGAAUUUUAUUAAUGCAUUAAACUUUAGUCUUUGUGAAGGCCUGAAAGAGACAGGUUUGUGAUCAUUCAUCUUUCCAGAGGAAUGAAGGAAAAAAAUAAUCGAUAUGUUCAUUUCUCCCUCCUAUAAUACAGUGAUCCAUGUUUUCCUGACUACUUAGCUUUAAGUUUGAAAGGGAAGGGGCAUAAAAAAUACAUGCAGAAUUUAGGAGUAGGGCCACUAGAAAUCCCUGCAAGAAAUCUUUUAGUGGAAAUAUAAGCAAUUGGAAAAGAAAUCCCUUUUCAGCCCUCUGUGGAACACUUCUCCAGGACUUCUGCAAAGAGCAUUCUCCUAGCUAUCAUGGGAGAACCAGACUGUAGCUCCCUCUUUACGUGUAAAACAAUGGCACCCCAACGGGAAGCCUGAAAUCCUCAUUAAGGAAAUGCUCCAUAACUUUUCAGAGCAGAAUCUCACAUAUUUUUUAUAUAUUGCACCCUUUUUCUCCGAUGGCUAAAACCUUUGAACAACUGCUGUAUAACUGAUUCAAAAUAAAGUGCUGAGGAAGCCGAGAUUAUGCACUGUAAGCGAAGAGAAGAAUUUGCACUGUGGUCUCAGGCCUCAGAGGCUUCGCCAUAGGUGAUGCGCCACGCAGAGCCAUUGCAAUGUAAACAGCAGCAGCUGAAGCAUUGCAAUACCAACAUCCAUCUAAAAAGCAAUACUCUGAUAAUUUGGAUAAAACAACUGCUUGCUUCUUAUAAAUGCACAGUCAGGUCUUCCAAUUUAUAAAUCAACCCAGUUUACUUAAGCUUGUGAAUCGGGCUGAACACGGAUUUGUUAAGCACUAGACAUGUUAAAUGCCAUGAAAAUCGGCCGCUUUGUAAGUAGAAGUAGUGUUCACAUCCAUUUAGAUACCAGCCUGAUGCUACAGCAUCCUCUUUGUGAUCUUGUUGAAAAGGCAUCAGUGCUAUGAACUUGCAAGUGAAAACCUUCAGCAAUAAUAGUCUAAUUUUUCUGCUUUAGUAUCUCCGUGGGCAUUUGCCUAACUGUAUAUAUAACCCACAAUGUGCUCCUUCCAGGCCUUGACAAUUGUAUUUGCACAUGCAUUUUAGAGCAAAACGGAACCAAAUGGCAGCGAGCUGAGA